UCCUGAGAUAGAUCUCAUAUACGACAUCGUCUGUCUCUCCCAGCUACUCAUUUCUCUCCCUGCUGGAGAUGGAGAUGGAAGGAGUCCAGGACGACCGUAUCAAGCUCAACGUCGGUGGCAAACUAUUCGAGACAACCCUCUCAACCAUCCGAGCAGGCGGCCCCGACUCACUCCUCUCAGCCCUUUCGGCCCGGGACAACGAUGGCGACGAUGACGAUCCAAUCUUCAUCGACCGAGAUCCCGAGAUCUUCUCCGUCCUCCUGUCUCUUCUCCGGUCCAAUCGCCUCCCUGCCUCCGCCGCCCGCUCCUUCUCCAAGCAAGAGCUCGUCGAUGAAGCUAGCUACUACGGCAUCGAGUCCCACCUCAAGUACGCCAUGACUCCCCCUCCCUUCCUAGGCAUCGACGCGUCCCUCGUCUCCACCAUCCGCCCCGCCGCCGACGGCAUCCCCUCUUCGUUCACCGCCUCCGCCGGCGAUGGCUCCGUCUGGAUCGCCCACGGCGGCCAGAUCUCCGCCUACGACUGGAACCUUACUCACUCGGCUACCCUACGAACCCACCUCGAGGACAUCACCUCUGUCCGCCGCGUCUGGUCGGAGAUUGCCGCCGUCGGCUCCAACACCGCCGCUGGCCUCCACUUCUACGACUUCUCCCGCUCUUGCAGAGUCGGAUCAAUCCAAUGGACGGACUCGUCGGAUCCCAGGAUAUACAAGGCCAGAGUAAGCGCCAUCGCCGACUCGCCCACCUCCGUCUUCGCAUCCUUCGAGUGUCGACACAAGGAAAACUGCGUUCUCUCUGUUGACAAGUCAAGUCUCCAUGUGGCCUCCGAAAUCGGUCGUCAGCCUGGGAGCUCCGCUAAGGCGAUGGUCCCCGGGAAGCUAACGUGGCUGAGGGAUCCCGGCCUCCUGGUCGGGAGCGCGGUGAGCUCCGGCGCGUUUGGGUUUGCCGGUUACAUCAGGCUUUGGGAUCCAAAGUCGGGUAAGGUGGUCUGGGAGACGAACGAACCCGGCUCGGGCCGGAGCAGCAGGUUCGGUGACGCGUUUGCUGACGUGGACGUCGACGAAUCGGCCCUGUUCAAGGUGUGCUCGAAAUCAGGGGAUGUAGGGAUCGCGGAUCUACGGAAGCUCGGGGACGAUCCCUGGUUUUACUUGGAGGACAAGAACUCUAGUUGGAUGAAAUCUGGAGCUGGAGCGGGAACGGGAGCGGGGGUAGGGAGUAGCGUGAUCCACUGUUACAGGAAGCAAGUGUUCGUGGGAAAGGAUGCAGGGUUAGAGGUGUGGUCGCAAGUGGAGGAGAAAGCAGAAGAAGGAAAAGGAGACGAACAGAUAAGGAGUAAUUGGUUGAGAGAAGGAGGGGUGUAUAGGAGGAAUUAUGUGGAUAAAGCUGAAGAUGCAGAGAGAGGGGUUAUCAAGAGGAUGGAAGGUGGUGGGGAGAGGCUUUUCGUUAGCAGAGAAGGUGUUGAGGGUAUUGAGGUGUGGGAAACAUCUCAUUCUUGUGGUACAAUUCAGGUCUUGAUUUUGUGAAUUGUUUGUGAUGUAUUGAAUUGUGCAACUACAAAUCAUUACCACUAACACCAAUAACAGCAUUUUAUGUAUAGAUUUUUGUAACAUAUAUA